AUGCUUAGAUAUAUUCCAAGAUCAUUACGUAAAGAUAGCAAUAAGAGAAUUCCUGGCCUUGCUUCUUGCGUCGCUAAGCAGUUUUCUACUACACAAAGUUUGUUGAACAAAACAUCAAUCCCAGAUGCAUCAGAAGAUUCCCAUACGGGGCAAUACAUUAACACUAUAACUAAACCGUUCACAGUGACAACAUAUGCUCGUCCUAAUGUUGUGAUGACCCACGGAAAGGGAUCGCAUAUGUAUGAUUUAGAAAACAGACAAUAUAUUGAUUUCUGUGCUGGUAUUGCUGUCACUUGUUUGGGCCAUUCUCAUAGUAAAAUUUCUGAGAUCAUUUCAGAUCAAGCCUCCACAUUGAUGCAUUGUUCCAAUCUCUACCAUAAUUUAUAUGCUGGUGAAUUAGCUAAUAAAUUAGUUACCAAAACUAUCACUUCUGGUGGUAUGAAAGAUGCUCAGAGAGUGUUCUUAUGUAAUUCGGGUACGGAGGCGAAUGAAGCAGCUUUAAAAUUUGCUAGAAAGUAUGGUAAGAGCUUUAGUGAUGACAAAUAUGAAAUCAUCAGUUUUACCAAUUCCUUCCACGGAAGAACUAUGGGUGCAUUAUCGGUCACAGCUAAUGAAAAAUACCAAAAACCUUUCGCUCCUUUGGUCCCAGGGGUAAAGGUUGCACAGCCUAAUGAUAUAGCUAGUGUCAAAGACCUUAUCAGCAAGGAAAAGACAUGUGCUGUCAUUAUAGAACCAGUUCAGGGUGAAGGUGGUGUCAAUACCAUUGACCCAGAAUUUUUAGUGUCUUUAAAGAAAUUAUGUGUCGAAAAUGAUGUUGUAUUAAUUUAUGACGAGAUUCAAUGUGGUUUGGGCCGUUCUGGAAAGUUAUGGGCACAUUCUGACUUACCAGAAGAAGCGCAUCCUGAUAUUUUGACUAUGGCUAAGGCUUUAGGAAAUGGUUUCCCAAUCGGUGCAGUAAUGGUUUCAGAAAAUAUUGAAAAGGUUUUGAAGGUUGGGGACCAUGGUACAACCUACGGUGGUAACCCACUUGGAUGUAAAAUUGGAUCUUACGUCGUUGAUCAAGUGAGUGACAAAGAAUUUUUGUCAGAAGUUGAAGAAAAAUCUGAAAAAUUCACUAAAGGUUUAUCAAAGAUUGCUAACAAAUAUCCUGAUCACAUCGAUGAAGUUAAGGGGAAAGGUUUAUUAUUAGGACUUCAACUCAAGGGUAACUUGGAUGUUGGUGAUGUUGUCGCUAAAUGUAGAGAAAAUGGUUUAUUGGUUAUCAGUGCUGGUAUGAAUGUUUUAAGAAUCGUUCCAGCUUUGAACAUUCCUAACGAAGUCAUUGAAGAAGGUUUAGAUGUUUUAAGCAAAUCUAUUGAUGAUUUAUGUAAAGAUCCAAAGUCUACUAUCUCACAAUCUUAA